CAGUUGCUCGCUCUGAUCUUAGAGUGCAAGUAGUGGAGAUAGCAGUCUGUCUGCAAUCGCGGACUGUUAUUUUUACUAGACACUCAGAGGUUGCCAUUGCUCUCUGAGACUCGCAAUAUCUUCCAGCUUCUCUUUAAGAUCAGGGACGAGUAUGAAGGGACGAAGAUUAGCACUGUCGGGGUCGUUGCACAGAUAAGCCGACAGCUUGAAGUUGAGCCUGUUCAAAAGAGUUACUCUGGAAAGAGUCAACCUUUUAGGCGAACAGCCAACUUACAUUCUUAAUUUUAGACGACCAAAAUCAGAUUGAGGUUGGUGAUUCCCGCGGCUGAAGCAGUAUCAGCAGCUGUGUACUAUGGCUAUCAGGAGUCCAAUGGUGCUCGUGGGGCUUUUCUUGCUCUGCUGCAUGCUAUCAAAUGUUCAGUCAGCUCCUAUCAAGAUCACGAGGGAAACAAUCAAGGAGUGUAGGCGUGGUCAGUGGGCUGGCAUUCCAGCUGACUGCUGCCCUCCGAAGAUCAUCGAUGGACCCAUCAUCGACUUCACUCCUCCGAAGCUUGAUCCCUCCAAACCUCUGAGAGUCAGGAAGGCCCUGCAGUGCCUAAGUGGCAAGGAGCUGAGGACGUACACCAAGAAGCUGCAGAAGGGGUACAGAUUGAUGCGCGCUCUUCCAGACACCGAUCCCCGUUCUUACGCGAGGCAAUACGGGAUUCACUGCGCUUACGCAACAGGCUCAUUCAUCCAAGAUGGCUCCAACAAUUUGACCAUCGACAUACACAUCGGCUGGUACUUCCACCCGUGGCACCGAGCUUAUGUUUAUUUCCACGAGAAGAUUCUGCAAACGCUACUCAACGAUACAGAGUUCUCUCUUCACUACUGGAAUUACGACAACACUAACUCUCUCGGCAAACACGAAGCCCGCAAACACCGCCAUGAUGGUGGCUGCUACAAGUCUGGGCUGUACUUCCCCCCCAUGUACAACGACCCGACUAAGGCUACAUUCCAGUGGAAUCGCUCAGAGAGGGCAUUCGAACCCAAAAGACCGGUGGACCUCGCAUUCGAUGGAACUCAUUACAAUAUUACUCUAGGCCCCCCACCGUUUCCGAACAACCUGACUUUGGCUCAAAUCAUCUGGAGGAACAACGAGCUCAUGCACAGAACUUUCCUCACGUGGGGAAAUUCUACUAUCGCCUUCAUGGGGAAGGAGUACAGAGAGGGAGAUCCGCAGGCUCUUGGCAUCGCUAAUGGAGCUGGUAUGCAAGAGAAGUAUUCACACACCAGCAUGCACUGCUACAUCGGCGGAAAGAUGUUCGAGCCUAAGAGCGCCCCAGAGGAUCCUAUAUUUUUCCCCUUCCAUGCCAACCUCGAGAGGCUUUGGGAUAUCUGGCUAUCUCUCGGUGACGAUCACAGGAAUCCGACGAGCUCGGAUUGGCUCGAUGGAGAGUUUCUUCUGUGGGAUGAGAAUGCGGUUAUGAACAGAUUCAGAGUGAGGGACUUCCUCAGCGCAGAAGCUCUUGGGUACACAUACCAGAAGGCAAACGUCGACAGCUGGGUUAAUUUUGACACCAGUUCACCCUACCCGGAGUAUUAGACUCUGUUAGAUGGUCGCAUAUUGUGGAUCAUAUUUUCAGCUUGUAUGUCCUGUAACUAGGUAUUGCAGCAAUUUUUAUUCAUUAGGGAAAUCCUGCAAGACGUUUAGAGAUUUUGAGCUGGGGGACACGUGUGCACCUAAUCAAACCCAGUCACAAAAUCUCCGUAAUUGUUGUCGGUGGGAUAUUGCCAGGGAGAUAGUAAUUUGAGUAAGGAAUUUCCGAUUACAAGGGCGGAUAGGGAAUCGAAGCACCUGCGUUUCUGCCCUUCGGGCUUCAAUGAUUUCCACUCAUAGAGAUCCGAGUUUUUUUCUUUUGAUUCAUUUACCAACUCAGCUUUGGAGCUGAUGCGGGCGAUUCAUGUCGCGGUCGUGACCGAUCGAUUCUAACUUGUGAAAGUAA